AUGAAUGUUACUGCUUCCAGGACAAUGAUGAGAGAAGGAAGAUCACUCCAUUCCAGAUCUCAUCCUUUAGCCGAAGUCUUGAUACCGAGGGAAUCACCUGGCUCCAGGGGUAGUUGCAAACAUGUGGUGAUUGUUAUGGAUGCAUUGAAGGAGUUCUCCAUGGAGCCUCUUCAAUGGGCACUUGACUGUGUGAUCGAGGCUGGAUGUUCGGUUACCCUCCUCGGAGUCUUGCCUUGGAUUCCUUUCCCCUUUUCGUGCAAGAUAGGUUUAGAUGUAUGGAGGCAUGUUCUUGAAGAUAUGCGAGGUCUUAUGGGGAGGAAGAGUGGAGCAAGAAAUGACCCGAAGAAGCAUCAGAAGAUUCGGGGGAUAAUGGAUCUUUGCAAACAGAAACAGGUGGUUCCUUUGAUGAAAGUGGCAAUGGGGCAUCCCUUCAAGCUUGUGGUUCUUGAGCAAACUACAAGCCUUCAUGCUACCUUUGUGGUUCUUGACAGACAUCUAAGGAGACACAAAGCCUUUUUCGAGGAGAGGCUGCCAAGCAGCGCGGUGAUGAUGAAUCGGCAUGGAGGGGUCGAUGUAAUCAAAAUUAAAGCAAGAACAGAUGGUUUUGAUUCGACGGUGACCGGAGAAUCUUCUGCGACCAUAGUUCGGACUCCGGAAGUUAUUCUAUCCGAGGAGCUCUUGGAACGGCUGAGGCGGCAGACGAGCAUUUGAAAAUGAGAAAGUGAAAAAUCCUGUUGUCCCCCCACUACAUAUUGGAAAUAGAACAACUUAAUUUGGUGGAGUUUAGAGCUUGGAUUCAACCACAUUGAUCGUCUUUCUAUCCUUCAAAGAGGUAGACCUUCAUUUUCCCUCUCCAAUCUUAAUUGACCAAAUAACAUUUUCGUGGAGGUGAGAUUCACUAAUGGAUGAAUUGGUAAGAACAUUAAAAUAGAGAAUAACAAUGUGGUUGAAGUGUUUUUCUUCAUUAAGG